CUGAUCUUCACACAAUUGUAUCCUUGAUCAUUGCUCCGGAAGCCCUGAGAGUAGGGUACAGUCAGGGAACCAGGGACACCUGGGAGAAAGUGGUGUGGAGAGUCAGUGUGAAAUCAUUUAGAAGAACUUUGGGGAUCGGAACCAUGUGGCUGGAAAUUCUCCUCGCCUCUGUGCUGGGCUUUGCCAUCUACUGGUUUGUUUCCCGGAACAAGGAGGAAACACUGCCUCUUGAAGAUGGGUGGUGGGGGCCUGGGGCCAGGCCCGCUGCCGCUGAGGACGAGAGCAUCCGCCCUUUCAAGGUGGAGACUUCCGAGGAGGAGAUCGAGGACUUACACCGAAGGAUCGACAGCGUCCGUCUGACCCCCGCUUUGGAGGACGUGCGCUUCCAUUUUGGCUUCAACUCCAAGUACCUGAGGAAAGUCCUUUCUUACUGGCGGAAUGGCUUUGACUGGAAGAAGCAGGUGGAAAUUCUCAACCGGUACCCGCACUUCAAGACUAAGAUUGAAGGCUGCGCUCUGAACGACUCUCCCGUGGGCCUGGCCGCCUAUAUCCUGGAGAAGUUUUCCACCUGGACCAACCCGGAGUUCCGAGACCUGGAGGACGGAGGCCUGGAGAGGAAGUUCUCGCUGGACGAGCUGCUGACCAACGUCAUGCUCUACUGGACGACAGGCAGCAUCACCUCCUCGCAGCGCUUCUACAAGGAGAACCUGGGCCAGGGCUUCAGGGCCAACAAGCAUGACCGGAUGAAGGUCCACGUGCCCACAGGCUUUGCUGCCUUCCCUUGUGAGUUAAUACACGUGCCCGAAAAGUGGGUGAGGUUCAAGUACCCGAAUCUCAUCUCCUAUUCCUACAUGGCCCGCGGGGGCCACUUUGCCGCCUUUGAGGAGCCGGAGCUGCUGGCCCAGGACAUCUGCAAGUUCGUGGGGCUGCUGGAACAGCGCUGAUGCCCGCGGGGCUAGCCACCCCCGCCCCCAGGCUCCCUCGCCCACAGCUGCACCCUGCCUCCCAGGGCUGCUCCCCAGGAGCAGGGAGCCCCCAGUCUUCUCUUGGCGAUGAUGUACACCCCCAUGCCCGUCCCCCGCCCCUGCCGGCCCCCUGCUCACUGCCUGCAUGAGCGCUCCCACACGCACGUCAGUGAUAAAUGAUUGAUUUUAUUCCUAA